UUAAGAAGAAGAGAUGAAGAAACGCCAAGUGGUUCUGAAGAGAGACGAUCAGUUUUCUAGCAACUUUGCCAAUUCUUCAUUUGCUGUGAGAAGAGUGAGGUAUGGGGAGUGCCAAAAGAAUCACGCGGCCAAUGUGGGAGGAUACGCCGUAGACGGGUGCAGGGAAUUCAUGCCUUGUGGGGAGGAGGGGAGCAACGGGGCCCUCACCUGCGCCGCCUGUGGUUGCCACCAGAACUUCCACCGCAGGGAGGAGGAGGCGGAGGUGGUCUGCGACGGCUCUUCCCCUACUACAUAAGAGUGUAAGUAUAUUAUGUUGGAGGGGCACGUGUGGUUCCGAGUGUUGAGUGUGUGUUGUGUGUGCAAGUUUGGUGAAGGGAAUAUUGUGAUGGGAAAAUCAGGUCUUCUCAAUUAAUGGUUUUGUUUCUAAUUUA